GGAUUUAAGCCUAGUUCUGGGACUGUCCAGGAGUUGAAUUUCCGUAGCAGUAAGAACGUGUGGGGGUACUUUAGUGUGUCUGCCACGGGGGGACUACAUGAGUACGCUGACUCCCAGUUUGGACACUGCUUCUCCUGGGGAGAGAACAGGGAGGACGCCAGAGAGAAUUUAGUUGUGGCAUUGAAGGAGCUCUCAAUCCGCGGAGACUUCCGAACCACUGUGGAAUACCUCAUCAAACUCUUCGAAACGGAGGAGUACCAAAACAACAAGAUAACGACGGGCUGGCUGGACAAGCUGAUAUCUGAGAACGUCCAGGCAGAGAAGCCGGACGUCAUGCUGGGAGUGAUAUCUGGAGCGCUCCACAUCGGGGACCACCAGAUCCAGGAGUGCUUCCAGAUGUUCCAGACCUCGCUGGAGCGCGGACAGAUCCUGCCGGCCACGUCACUCAAGAACCAUGUGGACGUGGAGUUCAUCAGUGAGGGGAUCAAGUAUAACGUCAAGGUGGUGAAGACAGGCCCAAACAACUAAUUUAUUUGUAUGAAUGACUCCAU